CCAGGUUUCCUACAGAAUUAGUAAGUGUGGAAAUGGAGCCGAGCUGGAGUACGUUUCUUUUCCAACAGGCAAAUGAGGCCCUCCAUCACCAGCACCAGCACCAUAUGGCCCAGAACAACCUGCUGCCGCUUCUCAAUUCAGGAGCAGAUCAAAUUGACCAGAAGCCUAUCCUGCCCAUCCAACUUGACCAUAAGCCACCCACCAGUGCUGCGGAUCUCCUGAAAGAUAAUGUGGCCAGCGGCGGUGCACGGCCACCGAUGCCUGUGAUCAAGAAAGAACACAAAGGCAAAACACCUUUCGUCUGCGGCUACUGCAACAAGGCUUUCCGUGACAGCUACCACCUGCGACGCCACGAGUCCAGCCACACCGGCAUCAAAAUGGUGUCCCGGCCAAAGAAGACAGCCCACACACCGCCCACCAUGGUACCUAUGAUCUCCUCCAUGCCACGGGAGAACAUGCACCAGCCCUACAUCUCCACGGUAGCAGGCCUCCUCUCCACGGCAACCACCUCGGUUUCCUCAGGCCCGAGUAUUAUGACGUCGUCCGCGAUGGGCAACAUGCCGCAGCAAAAUAUCGUCAAGAAACCUGCCAAACCCGUCAAGAAAAACCACGGGUGUGAGAUGUGUGGCAAAGCCUUUCGUGAUGUGUACCACCUGAAUCGCCACAAGCUGUCCCAUUCCGACGAGAAGCCCUUUGAGUGCCCCAUCUGCCAGCAGCGCUUCAAGAGGAAAGACAGGAUGACCUACCAUGUUCGCUCCCAUGACGGUGGAGUCCACAAGCCCUACGUAUGUUCUGUGUGUGGGAAAGGCUUUUCCAGGCCAGACCACUUGAGCUGCCAUGUGAAGCAUGUGCAUUCCUCCGAAAGACCGUUUAAAUGUCAAGUAACGGCCUGUACCUCUGCUUUCGCCACCAAAGACCGACUCCGUUCCCACAUGAUCCGGCAUGAAGGCAAGGUCACCUGCACCAUCUGUGGGAAGAUGCUGAGUGCAGCCUACAUCACCAGCCACUUGAAGACUCACGGCCAGACCAACUUUAACUCCUGUAACAAAGACGGCAACAAUGUCUGCAACUCUUCCUCAGCUACACCUGUGACCAUUUCUGCCCCCAUCACCUCGGCUAUGAACCGGGGACUCUCUCACCUCAACAACCACCCCAUCACCAUUGCUGCUCAAAUGAACAUUAGCACCAACACGGUGAACAUCACAUCUCAGAUGGGCCUCCAGCAUCCAGUCACCAUCACCGGGCCCGUCAACAUCUCCUCCGUCAACAUCCCCGGCUCGGCGUCCAUGAAUAUUGCCCACCCGGUCGCAAUAACCUCCUCCAUGCCGAUGAAUAUAGGCCAGCUCAACAUUGCCAUGAGGUCCGUCGAUAGCAUGCCUUUUCUGUCCCAAGUCUUGCCUUCCCAGCCCUGGUAAAUAAGCGGAGAGAGAGAGAGAGAGAGUCGAACUGGCCAGAGAGAAAGGGAAAAUGAAGCGAAACAGGAGACUUGUGUCCUCAUGAUUUGCACCUCGAGCCCGGCUCUUCCUUAACCCGAGCUGUGCGGCCGGCAGGAGCUCCCCCAACCCCCCCCCCAUCCCCCACCUCGAGGCCGCAGCCACGUCCCAAACGAUGUUGAGUGACUGACAUGAGACGCAGGACACUUUGAGUAGGAAUCGAGUAGGAUUUACCUUGAUAUCAGGACUUAGCGUAGUCAGUUAGAGAGAGAUGAAACUGUGAUUUGUACGAUGACAAAGGAGGAGAGAGGAUUCCUCAGACACUCACGAGGACUCCGUAGGAAGACCCACCUGUGCUUUUUUUUUUUGUAAAAGGGAGAUCAGAAAUUGACUGAAGCAAUAACGACGAAAUUGCUAUUUUUGAUGUUUUACAAGUUCUCUCCCGAAGCCUCUGGGUGUCGCUUUGUAUGUCGUUUUCUUUUAACUAUAGCCUGCUAAUCACUAUUUAAUGUCAUAGGAAAUGAGUCUAGUAAAAGGGACAGCCGCUUCCACAUACAUGGAAGACUAUUUUUUCACAUUGCAUAGCUUUUCUUCUUCUUCUCAGAUAGUAGGAUGCUCUCGAGGUACAGUGACUAACAUGUACAGUUGACAUAGUAAUGUAUUUUCAUGUCAGCAUUUCAGUUUUAAUUCAAGUGGAUAUGUGGACACUGUCCGCCUGACUAUGAAAUGUUUGUGCGUUGUUUUCUGUUUGUACGUAACACAAAGGUCUGUUUUUCUUUG